AUGACAUGUGAAGAGAUGAGAGCAGAAAACAAUGCUUCCACAAUAAUACAAUUCAUACUCUUGGGAUUUUCUGACCUUCCAAACCUCCAAGGGUUACUAUUUGGGAGGUUCUCCAUCAUUUAUGUUGUUAUCUUAACUGGGAAUGGGCUCAUAAUAAUAAUAACCAGGCUUGAUGCUGCAUUACAAGCACCCAUGUAUUUUUUCCUGGCAAAUUUUUCCUCCUUGGAAAUCUGCUAUGUGUCCGUCACUCUCCCUAGGAUUCUGGUGAACCUUUGGACUUGGGAUAGAAACAUUUCUAUGCUGCUCUGUGCCUCCCAAAUGUGCUUCUUCUUUAUGCUCGGAGCCACUGAAUGUUUCCUCCUGGUGGUGAUGGCCUAUGACUGCUACGUGGCCAUAUGUAACCCUCUGCACUACCCUCUAGUCAUGAACCACACAAAGUGCAUCCAGUUGGCUGUUGGUGCCUGGCUCGGUGGAGUCCCAGUCCAGAUAGGACAAACAUGCGCCCCAUUCUUGCUGCCUUUCUGUGGUUCUAAUCAAAUCAACCACUUCUUCUGUGACAUCCCCCCAUUGAUCAACCUGGCCUGUGGGGACACUAAUGAGAUGUGUGUCUAUGUAGUUGCUAUAGUAUUUGUCAUGAUUCUUUUUCUACUUAUACUUGGCUCUUAUGUGAAAAUCAUUUCCACCAACCUAAAGUUGCCCUCAGCCAGGGGCCAGUCUAAAGUCUUUUCUACCUGUUCUUCCCACCUCAUUGUUGUGCUUUUAUUCUUUGGUUCUAUUACUAUCACUUAUUUAAGACCCAAAUCCAAUCAUUCUGCAGGAACUGACAAACUGCUCUCUCUUUCCUACACUAUUGUGACUCCAAUGUUUAACCCCAUGAUAUACAGCCUUAGAAACAAGGAUGUGACUACAGCACUGAAAAAAUUAUUACUCAAGAAAACAGUGUGA